GGUUUGCCAUGCGGUGAUCUUGGUGCGUCGGCCUCACCGCCAUCCACCUGAGCAUAGCGUGCAUAGGUAAUGAGAAUAAGAGGCUGCGGAUAAUGACUGGCUAUAACUGUCAAAGCACAGCCUGGUUGUCCCUGCUCUGAAGUGCUCUGCUAAAGUCGAGGGGCUGCCCGUGCGACACCCACGAAAACAGAGGAUGGCACAGAGAUUCGGUUCCCAUGCGCUCCCGUUCCUCCUAACGGUUCACUUGUACCACGUCUCUCCCGUGAAUAUCGAUAGCUUAAACAUUUCACGGUACCUAUUGUACUCAGUGAUUGCCGAUGGGAUACGGAUAUGAUAUGAGAGGAUAGGAAGGAAUAGGGAAAAUAAAAUCGCGCUGCUCGGUUGGUUGUUGGUUGGGUUCGUUGAGUUCCUGGUUGCGUGCCCAGGGCAGCGUUGUCGCCGUUGCAUUCUCGUCACCUAACCGGAACGCACUGGCCAGGCUGAGAAAUCCGGACCCACCGCAAUUAGCCCACUGAACUCCGUUUCUUUUCCAGCCCAGCUGCUCCGUCCCAUGCAUCCAUCAAUCCCGUCCAUCUGUGCCCCAGGCCCCAUUCAUCUCCCCAUUUCCCGUUUCCUUCUUCCCCUUCUGCAACCCUUUCCCCGUCCCACCCAUCUUCCUCUGUCACUGCUCGUCCAUUCUCCAGAUAUUCCCAAUAUAUCACCGCGACCGCCCUCAAUUUGUGUUUCUCAUCGCGUCGGUGCCCAGUGCUAGAUCGACGACGUUCAGACCGCCUGUCAUCCGAUCUGCUUGCUAGUACCGCCAAAGCCCAGCGCGCCCCGCGAGUCUGACUUCGACCACCUGGACGGGCCGAUUCCCCCAGAUCAUCUGAAUUGACUUUCUGGAGUCCCCACGAUUGCGCACCAUCGCCCCAGUUCGUCCCGACACUCUGGAUAUCGACUGCACAAGAGCCAGUGGAUGCUGGCUUUCGUGUCGCCGGCUUGCGCCGUCGCGUAGUGGCAUUCUCACCCAUCACUGGUUGCGACCGCGUUGCCAGCACUAGGAAAACACAAUGACGACAGCUGUGAAGAGGGCGUGCGAUGCCUGCCAUCGACGAAAGGUCAAAUGUGAUGGAAUCAACCCAUGUCGCCACUGCUCGGCUUCGCAGUUGGCUUGCACCUACAAUGCCAUUCCCCAGAAAAAGGGGCCCAAGGGGUCCCGAGCGAAGGUUAUCAAUGAACUCAAGGAGAACCAACGCCAGACGAGCCUCUCUUCGAAGCAGAACCCUUCCAACAGCCCGAGCUUGGCCCCUACACCCCGUUUGUUGACCAAGGAGAUGAUCAACGCUUGCGUCGAAUUCUUUUUCGCCAAUCUGUACCCCACCAUGCCGAUUCUGGACCGCCAACGCCUGGAGCAGGAUAUCAUGUACAUGGAGCAGAAUAUCGAUAGCUACUGCCUCUUGACAUCCCUGUGCGCCUUUGUGUCGCUCCAGCCCGGCAUGGUUAUGCCAAACAUGGGCAUGUCGUCCAUGAGCGAUCCUUUCAACCCGGACAUGAUGUUUGGCGGUGGCAACAUUCUGACCUGCACGUUGCUGAUGGAGGAGACGAUUCGGGUCCGGAAGAGCGAGGAUUAUGCGGCUUCGCGCACCAUCAACACCCUCUGCACCGACUUUUUCCUGUUUGCUGUACACCACGGUCUGGAGAUGCACGACAAGGCUUGGUUCUACUUGCGGGAGGCCACCACAUUGGCGCACCUGUCGAGGAUGAACGAAGAAACCCAGUACAUGCAGUACGACAGCAAUGACGCAGCCAGAUGCAGACGUCUGUACUGGCUGCUCUUUGUCACUGAACGUGCCUACGCCUUGCAGCAUCGUCGUCCCAUGACUCUGGAAGCAACCAUCAACCUCCCGGCACAUGCUGACCCCUCCAAUCCUCACUCGCAUCACAUUCCCAGUUUCCUUCGCCAGAUUCAGCUCUUCCAUUCUUUCGACCAUGGUCUACUUUCCAUGUGGAUGAAGACCAAGCGCGAAUGCUCUGACUCGUAUCUCACCAGCCUGGAGAAACAGCUGCAGGAAGUCCUGCCCCCAUAUCUCAACGAUACUCAGGCCCAGCUGAACGAGAUGUCAAUCAACCUUCACUGGCUCAAGGACAUGGCCUGGAAGCUGGGUCUUGCAAACAACAACGGCCAUGAUGCUGAGCUCUCUUACUCCUUUUUGCCAAUGGUUGCACAUUUCCCAGGAAAUCUGGGCCUGCAGGGCUUUGGUUUCCUCGAGAAGCUGCUCAGCAUCACAUACGACCUCUCCGAAGCACUCUCUAUGCAACCCGCUCCCAGGACGCCUUUCACCCCUGGCCCGCAUGAUCAGCUCCGAAAGAUACUCAACAUUGUCACGACUCUGCGCAACGGACAACACCACUUCCUGCCUCUGCUUCUCAGCAAGAUACACGCUGCUUUGCCAAAGAUGGCUAGCCCUAUGCUGCAGAACGCUCCGGAAAGUGCGGCCUGCAAUAUCGACAUUUUUGACGGGUUUGGAAACGCUGGCAUGGCACAGCCCCCGGUUUACUCGCAUGAGUCGUAUGAUAACAAAUUUUCGAUCCCACGAAUCGAGGACCACAACUCUUCGGAUUCUAACAGCCCCAACAACAUCACUCCACCGAGCAGCAACGAUAUGAAUUCGCCCUUUGUUAGCUCGCCACCCAUCAUGUCACCCGGCGGCAUGGACCUGCCUCAUGGUAUGCCAUCCGACUUUACCUCAAUGCCAGAAAUGGUCAUGAGUCCAAUGAGCCAUGCACCGCCGACCUCGUUGGGUGCCACUGUUGGCAUGAACAACCACCAGACACAACACACACCGCUAUCACCCUUUCCGAAUCUGGGUUCGCAAAUGCAAGGAAUGAGCAACCACAACAUCAACCCUCCUCCGAAUAUAGGCCUCGCUUCUCAAAUGCAUCUCCCUCAACCGAUGGGAGGGACAAUAGGCUCCAAUAUCGGCAGCAACAUGAUGUCGAGGCCACAAGCACAACAACGGACAAGCAGCUUUGCACUCGGGCCCACACCGAUUCGUACUGUAGGCGAUUUUCAAGCACUGCAGCGGACCAACUCAGACAUGACGCCCAUGAGUCCGCUGCAUCCAAUGGGGAUGGGCUCUAUGGGAAAUGAAAUGGACUUCAACACGCCCUUGAGGUAGUAACGCUGGAUUGGGGGACGCAGCAUGAGGCAGGAUUUCUCUUUUCCUGUUCAUCUUCUCGACCUUUGGUCACACCACAACCCCCCUUUUCUUUUGUAUCAGUCAUAAAAGGUUUCCACAGGCAUUUUUCUCAUUAUCUGGCAUCUUAUCAUCGGAGUCUAUUGAUGGCGUACCUGCUAGCCUUGCUGUCGAUUUGGAUAUGGUUCUCCAGGCGCACACGAAUCACGGGGUUUGGGGGAAGCUGAAAAAAUGGGAGCACAUUGAAAAAAAUUGUCCAUCACAGCGCACAGUUUUCUUUUGUUUCGGAUCUUGCUUCUUGGAAAGCAGUAUAUUUGUUGGGUCGGGAGUGGAGAAUUUGAGGAAUAUGGGCAGACGAGCUCUACCACUGUGCAAGGGAUAAUAGCAUGCAGGGGGACAUCUGAUCUUGUACAAGGGUGCUAGGGAGGACAGCGGGGAGGAAUCCAAGCAAUAUACAGUGUUUUUAGUUACUGCCGUUUCUGCAGCACGGUUCGCUACUCGGCCAGGCUGGUUGUAACAAUAGAGUCUCGUAUCUUAGCACGUUGUCCGCUGUCUGCUGUCCUUGUGUCUUGUCCGGUAGUGGAACCAGCGGAGGGAGAGAUCAUGCAAGAUACCGGAUAUUGCGGGGGCUUGUUCGCGGAUGGCUGUACUUGAAGGGAUGUUUCCAAAGAGCUAGGAUUCCGACAGCACGGAUGAGCAGAUUGCAGCAUAACCUCCAAGUUGCAACACUUGGACUUGAGGUACUGUAGCUUACUUGCAUUGAUACCGGAAUUAAGAGAGGAAGUUUUACAGCCACCCUGCCCAUAUUAUAUUGCGAACUACACCUUGAAGGAUGACAGCUAGGC